UGCCGGUAGGCCCGGCCCGGGCGACGCGCUCCCGGCCGUCUAGCCUUUCAAGCUCGGGGUCCGGAUCGUAGCGGCGACUGCUACGAAGGUUUGAUAUCAGUUACUACUCUGGACACAACUAUUAGUUGAAGCACCAUGCUGUUUACACCACAAUUAAGUGUUUCUACCACCACCAGUACUACUAAUAUUGCAUACACAACAUCAACAACCACAGCCAGCACUGUCACUACCAACACAACUACCACUACUACCAGUGAUUUUCCUUGGACUCUACCAGAGCAGUCAAAUGAUUUUAAUGGCAUAGAUCAAGAUGAUUUUUGUGUACCUUAUACUUCGACUGUUAAUUCCAUCAAAACUCCUGUGAUGACAUACCAUGAGCUACAGAGUAUGGUAAACAAGUGUAACAUGGAGCUUGAUGAUGAAGAAAAGAAUUUUCUUCAUUAUGCCUCUCAGAUCAAUGCAUGGGACCUUUCAGUGAUGGAGAAUGGUGAAAAGAUUACAGCAUUACAUGGAGAAGUGGAAAAAGUGAAGAAGGAUCAGAAAAGGCUUGGACAUGAAUUGGAUUUUAUCUUGUCACAGCAAAAGGAACUUGAAGAUAUUUUGAUCCCUUUAGAAGACUCUCUGAAAGACCAGAAUGGGUCCAUUUUUCUGCAGCAUGUAGAUCAUAUUACUGAAAAGACUUACAAGACAGCAGAAAAUAUAGAUACUCAGCUGACACAUAUGAAAGAAGAUCUCAAGAAGAUUACUGAGCACCUGAAUUCUUUUGGAGCUCCUGUUGACUCUGCUGAUCCGCUUCAGCAUAUCUGUAAAAUCCUCAGUACUCAUAUGGAUUCUCUGCAGUGGAUUGAUGAGAAUUCAGGCAUUCUCCAACGAAAGGUAGAAGAGGUAUCACAGAUUCUUGCAGAACAUCAAGCUAUGGAGCAAAGCCGCAAUGCCAGAAUUUCUUUUGAUUGAAUGAGCAUGUAUAUUCGACUUGGUUUUUUUGGAAUAUACAUUUCUUACAAGUUUUGAUGUUAAACCAAAUAGUACUUAGGUACUAUUUGAUCUUUGAUUGCAAUAUGUGUUUGUAUUGCUUCCUCUUAAAUAUUUUGCUGUUGAGAGUUAUACUGUAGCUUGGCUUUAAGUAUUAGUUUAUCCACACUAUAUUAGCCCUUUUGUCCUGGUAGAUGUUAACUGUUAGAUGUAAAAUGAAUUUAUAUAUUAAUCUAGCAGACUUCAUAUCUUGCUGCUGGCAUAAAUUGUCCUUUUCACCUUAUCUACAUCCUGUAGAAAUAUUUGCCAAAAAAUAAAAGCCACUUUGCCUUUACUUUUGUAUCUGUUACAGUCAACAUAUAGCACUAGACAUUGUAAAGUCUCAAUCCUCAAAGAACUGUAUGGUUUGAAAUUCAAUGCCUGUCUCUAUGAAAACAAUAUAAACAAUACAAGGAUGUUUGUUCUGAGUUACAGAAAGUAUAUGAUGUAGAAAGUCAGAGGAGUUAAGACUUAAAGUAACAACAACUCAUUUUUUAUGUUCAGAUGUCACAUUUUAAAAUUUUUUUACUAUGUGGUUUAAAGUGGCUGUAUCUGUAAGCUUCAAGAAAACAUUUUUAUUCACUGAGUAACAGUGUAAUCUCUUCUAUUUCUUGUUUCACCUAUGUCAUAUAUGAUGUUUUAAAAAAUAAAAAUAAUAAAAGUACAAAACCCA